AUCUAUCUUAUUUGAUUUAUCAUCAUCAUCAUUAUUAUCAUCAGCGUCGUUAUCUUUUUAUUAUUCUACAAAGAGAACUGAUAAUUCGGUUGGCACGUUGUUUCCAACCUUGUCCUUGCUUGUGCUACUUGACCAUCGUGAAAGAAGAGGACUAUUUCGUUCAGAAGGGGAUUUUCAGAAGUGGACGUUUUUUAAAUUCGAAGGAUAUUACUAGGAACGUCUAACUAGGAACUAUUUGUUCUGACGUGUUUCUCUAAUACGGGCCGAAGAAUAUUUUCAAGGCCAGAUACGAGAUCGACUUUCAACGAAGGUUCAAGAAGAAGGAGGAAACGUUGUGACUGGAGUUCUCGAGUCAGAUUGCUGAAGCCAAGGAACUCUGAAGGGAAAGGAUAAUCGACCAACUAUCCCGAAGAUUUAUCAACAAACUGGUUUAUUCUCAUGGCAGCACGGGAACUUGCAGCCCUUUUCAUCGCAAUUUUACAACUUUGCUUAUGUCAAUUAACCCCAGAAUUUGUACCAGAAUUUUUAGCCCCUUUGGAAAAUCACACGGUAAUCCAGGGUCGUGACGUGUCAUUUACUUGCGUCGUUAAUCAUUUACAAACUUACAGGGUUGCUUGGAUUAAAUCAGAUUCUAGAGCGAUCUUAGCUAUACAUACACGUAUGGUUACACAUAACCCAAGGCUAUCUGUUACUCACAAUGGACACAACACGUGGAAACUGCACAUAUCAAAUGUCCAGAAGAAUGAUUCAGGCAGUUAUAUGUGUCAAGUCAACACAGAUCCUAUGCGAAGUCAGAUGGGUUACAUGCGAGUAGUGAUACCACCAGAUAUUAUGGAUGACGAAUCAGCAAAUGGUUUGGUUACAAACGAGGGUGGUAGUGUGAGAUUAAGAUGUGUGGCUACUGGUUUACCAAAACCAACGGUCAAUUGGAAACGUGAAGAUGGAAGAAAAAUUGUGUUACGUGAAGACGGACAGAAAAAACUUAUCGACACUUACGAGGGUGAAACUCUGGAGCUUACUGGAGUACAACGACAAGAGAUGGGCACAUAUCUCUGUAUAGCCAGCAGUAUUGUGCCACCAAGGGUCAGCAAACGUUACACCGUUUCUGUUCACUUCGUACCACUGAUCAGAAUACCCAAUCAAUUGGUGGGUGCUCCAGUUGACAGCGAUGUCGUACUACAAUGCUAUGUCGAAGCUUCCCCGCAACCUAUGAACACCUGGUACAGGGACUCAGGGGAACAGCUGAUGCCGAACGACAAAUACACGAUGUCGGAGGAACAGUUGAGCGAUUACUCUUGGCAGAUGAAUCUCACUGUCAAAUCUCUCAAAAAGGCUGACUUCGGUGGAUACGUUUGUUCAACGGUUAACGACCUUGGAAAGGCUGAAGGAUGUGUACGUCUACAAGAAUUACAAUUAUUCGAUAAAACUACACCGAGUGUUUUGACGAAAAAUACGAAAACUAAAUUACGAGCAAAAUUGACUUCCAAGGAAAGGAAAAAAACCAAUGGUGAAAAUAAUAGCAACAACAGACGAAGAGUACAUUUGAUGGGUGGUUAUGAUUCGGAUUCGAUAGGAAACAAAGACGAUCUUGGUACAACCCAAAUUAUGGCUGGUAGUACUUCUCACGAAGGUGGUAAAACCGAUCGACCAUUGACUCUACCAUCCGAUUCUCCAUCAUGGAUAGAAAUUAAUUCAGCGAGUUCUAGACAAGGUUCGAUUAUUCGUAACACCGUUUUUAUUUUUCUUCUUUUAUUAAGGUUCAUGAGAAUUUAUUAAAAUAAUAAUAAACAACAGCAAAAAAAUGUCCCCAAUUCGAAUAGAUUCUAACAAACCAAUUUUUACGAUAAAAUGAAAGAGAAAAACAUAAAAAAAAAAAAACCAUC